UCAUUCCCAAAUGCCUGGAAGUUCUUCAUUGGAUUACUGUGUUUUAAACAGAGUUUUGUGACCAGCCUUUCAUCUUCAGCCGGAAAGAAAGAUGUGGAAAGCUUCGGCAGGCCACGCCGUGUCCAUCACCCCGGAUGAUGGGGGAGCUGACGACUGGGAAACUGACCCCGAUUUUGUGAAUGAUGUCAGUGAAAAAGAACAAAGAUGGGGCGCCAAAACUGUGCAGGGGUCCGGGCACCAGGAGCACAUCAACAUACACAAGCUGAGAGAGAAUGUUUUUCAAGAACACCAGACCCUUAAGGAGAAGGAGCUGGAAACAGGACCAAAAGCCUCCCACGGCUAUGGAGGGAAAUUUGGCGUGGAACAAGACAGAAUGGAUAAAUCAGCUGUCGGCCAUGAAUAUCAGUCAAAACUUUCCAAGCACUGCUCGCAGGUUGACUCAGUCCGGGGUUUUGGAGGCAAGUUUGGGGUCCAGAUGGACAGAGUUGAUCAGUCUGCUGUGGGCUUUGAGUACCAAGGCAAGACCGAGAAGCACGCCUCCCAGAAAGACUACUCGAGUGGUUUCGGCGGCAAGUACGGUGUGCAGGCUGACCGCGUGGACAAGAGCGCCGUGGGCUUCGACUACCAGGGCAAGACGGAGAAGCACGAGUCACAGAGAGAUUACUCCAGAGGCUUUGGUGGCAAGUAUGGCAUUGACAAAGACAAGGUGGACAAGAGCGCUGUGGGCUUCGACUACCAGGGCAAGACGGAGAAGCACGAGUCACAGAGAGACUAUGUGAAAGGGUUUGGAGGAAAAUUUGGUGUGCAGACAGACAGACAAGACAAAUGUGCCCUUGGCUGGGAUCACCAGGAGAAAUUGCAGCUGCAUGAAUCCCAAAAAGACUAUUCCAAAGGAUUUGGUGGGAAAUAUGGCGUGCAGAAGGAUCGGAUGGAUAAGAACGCUUCAACCUUUGAAGACGUUGCAAAGGUGUCCUCUGCUUACCAGAAGACGAUCCCUGUCGAAGCCGUCACCAGCAAAACCAGUAACAUCAGAGCCAACUUUGAAAACCUUGCCAAGGAGAAGGAGCAGGAGGACAGGCGGAAGGCGGAGGCGGAGCGAGCACCGAGGAUGGCCAAGGAGAGGCAGGAGCAGGAGGAGGCCCGGAGGGAGCUGCAGGAGCAAGCCAGAGCCAAAAAGCAGACGCCCCCUGCGUCCCCAGCUCCGCAGCCAGCUGAGGAGGGGCCGCCCACCAGCCCCGUCUAUGAGGACGCGGCUUCAUUCAAGGCAGAGCCAAGCUACAGUAGCCCCGAGGGCGGGAGUGAGCCGGAGCCUGUGUACAGCAAGGAGGGCGCCGACUACCAGCAGGCCAGCAGCCUGCAGGGCCCGGCCUACGCCCCGGAGGCUGUCUAUGAAACCACAGAGGCCCCCGGCCACUACCAAGCAGAGGAAAACGCCUAUGACGAAUAUGAAAAUGACUUGGGGAUUACGGCCAUUGCCCUCUAUGACUAUCAGGCUGCGGGAGAUGACGAAAUCUCUUUUGACCCUGACGACAUCAUCACCAACAUCGAGAUGAUCGAUGACGGCUGGUGGCGUGGGGUGUGCAAGGGCCGCUACGGGCUCUUCCCUGCCAACUACGUGGAACUGCGGCAGUAGGUGCCCACCAUGCUGCAGGUCAUGCCUCCGCCUGUCCUCCUUUCAUCUUUGAGGGUGGGGUGGGGAAUAUACAUACUGCUUUUAUAUUUCAUACUUUUGCUGAUGCUUUCGACAAUGUUUACGCCACAGAAUUUGCUAAUAUAUUGUAUGAUGUUCCUGGGAGGACUUUGGUAAUUGUUUUUAUGCAUUUAAGGUGUUUUCCUUCUUUGCCAAAUAGACUGUCAAGUGUAGCCACUUCAAGGACCUUUAGUUCUCUUGAGGUCAGUAGUGUGUGUUGUCCCUGUGCCCAUCUCGAGCAGGCAGGGUCCUGAAGGACAAACCCAAGGUCUUUCAUGCUGAUAU